AUGGGCGGGGGCAACCACCAAGACGGCAACAACAUGUCGGCCUCGGCGCGAGAAACGCUUGGCAAAGUGCGUCGAAUGAUUCCCCCGAUGCUUGACAAAUUCCACAAAGGACAGCUGGGCCGGGUAGCCGUGAUUGGCGGAAGUCGGGAUUACACGGGCGCGCCCUACUUUUCUGCCAUGGCCAGCGCCAGGUUAGGAUGCGACAUGUCUCACGUCAUCUGCACGCCGGCCGCGGCGGCCGUCAUCAAGACGUACUCGCCCGACCUCAUGGUUCAUCCGUUGAUGCGCCAGUCCCCGUCGGACGGGGGACACGCUGCCGCCGCCGCCGCCGCCGACGCGGAGGACGUCUCGGCCGGCAUAAUCGACAUGCUGCCCCGGCUUGACGUCCUCGUCGUCGGUCCCGGGCUGGGCCGCGACCCGCUGAUGCUGGAGACGGUUUCGCGCGUGGUCCGGGCCGCGCGAGGCAGCCGGAUGCCCGUCGUCUUGGACGCCGACGCCCUCCAGCUGGUCCAGCGGGACCCGGACCUGGUCAGAGGAUACCGGCAGGCGGUGCUCACGCCCAACGUCGUCGAGUUUGGCCGCCUCCGCAGCGCGCUGGGCCUCGACGACGCGGGCGACGAGGACGGGAGCGAGACGGCCAAGGUCGAGGCUCUGGCCGCGGCGCUGGGGGGCGUCACCGUCGUCCAGAAAGGGCGCAGCGACUUCGUCUCCAACGGGGACGCGACCUUGGUCAACGACAUGGAGGGCGGGAGGAAGCGGAGCGGCGGGCAGGGAGACACGCUGACGGGGUCGAUUGCCACGUUCCUGGCUUGGCGGAGGGCGUACCUGGACAGGAUCUGGGAUGUCGGGCGCGAUCUCCUGGGGGAAGAUGAGUCGAUUGGGCUGGCUGCCUUUGGCGGCAGCGCCAUCACAAGGGAAUGCUCCCGACUUUCGUUUAUUAAAAGAGGCCGGAGCCUCGUCGCUAGUGACUUGACCGACGAGGUUCACAGCGCCUUCUUGGGCUUGUUUGGCGAGGUCGAUGGGGAUCCGAGCGGGUCGCGACUCUGA